AUGAGCGCCUCGUUACUCUUACAGCUCGUCCUCACCGGCACUCAGACUCACUACGAAAGCCCCGGGUUGAUCGAUGAGAAAAGACUGGAGCACCUGUUGAUCGCCGGUAAACAAAUUCUCUACAAGUCACAUCAAGAGAGCGAUGUCCGAUCUGCGCUGGGAUUCAACCCGCGAAUAUGGGAGGGCUUGACAGCGGUGCUGAGAUACGCCCUCCCGGCCAUCGAACGACGAUGCUUCCCCUACAGAAACCCUUCACAAGGCGGCUUUGGCGGCACCGGUGCCGAGCUCAUUGCCGUUAAUUACGUGGAUCUCGUCAAGGACAUCGAACGACUCAACGAUCUAUGCACAAUUGCGCGCAAUCUCCUUGCCACCACCAAAAAGGCGCAGAAUCUCGCGGCUGAAAAAGGGUUCGACCAACAUAUCCUGAGGCUCAUCGAUGACUGUGUUAAGGUCACAGCUCGGGGCUUCGAUGGUGGGUCAAACCCUCGGAACGAGGAGAAAUGGCAAAAGGUGGUCAAUUUGUUUAAGAGGCUGUUGAUCACCUGCCUGCAGUUUCUGCACAAUUUUAUCAUGCACAAUGAACAGCGGAAACUGGUGCUGUGGCUGGAUCUAUUCGGACAGUCCCAAGUGAGUGAGGCGGCUGAUGAUCAGGCCAGCAGCCAACAAGAGCAGCAGAGGACCGCCGAGGAUGAAGGCAAAGAUCACGCUGCGAAAGAAGACAGAAUCAGGUCAACCGUGGAGAGAUUGCCGCGACGAGUGGGCCGGCUUGCAACAGAUGGAGAUGACCCCGGGUACAGCAUCGACGAUGUCCAUGCCCUGUUCGAUCUGAUGAGCACCAACAAGGAGCCCGACGAACAGACUCAAAAGGGGGCAAAGGUGCUCAUGGACAAGAUCAGGUCUGACAUGGAGACUCUGUCGGGUAUGAACGCGAAUCAGCUUGACGAUAGCCCAGAUGUGCUGCUGAAAGUGGGAGCUGAACUGCGUGCUUGGUUACAGACCAAGGAAGAAGCCGCUACCAGUGAGGGUCAUUCUUCGCAGGUCAAGCAAGUGGCUGAGAAGAUCAUGGCUCUAACCCAUGGCAAUGGCUACAACAAACCCGGUGGCAAAUCUCACUGGGGCGAUCUCCCAGAGCCUGGUUCCUAUGGCGACCUGAAUGAACCCGCCCAGGAUCUGACAGAAGAAGACUUGAGCAUGCCACGAACCGCUCAGUCCGCAGCUGCGACAUUAAAAGAAGCAAAAGACGAACUCAUGGCCCGGUUGCCACGAUCGCCGGUCAUGCGCCCGCCGCCCUUGAGAGAGUACGACGGCCCGAUAUACCCUUACGUUGACACUGACGAUGAAGACGACGAAGAAUAUGAACUUGAAGACGACGACGAGGACGACCUCAUCAGCGUUGGAGAUAGUAUGGAAGACGAUGAUUACCGCGGAUCCGGAGACCAAGAACGCGGCCUCCUCACCGACGUCCCACUUGUUCUUGGUCCGACCGAAAUCGAAGCACUACCCAUGAUCAUCCAAGCAGGCAUCGUGGAUAAUUUCGGUUCGAAGAAUGGCACCACUGCGCAACAGCAGGGUCUGAAAAAUAUGCAAGCGGUUCGCUGCCAUAUUUUGCUAGCUCAAGAGGCAGGGCGUAACGUUCUGCGGGAAUUGUUGAUUUUCAUCGCCGCGUGGGAUUUGCCGGACGAUGAAUUCUACUUCAAAAUGAUGGUGCAGAUCAUGGAAGCUAUCCUGAAAAACGGGCUAAUGUCCCACGCGUACGCCGACUUUGGGCAACCCAAGGACAUCAUUUCUCCGGCGCAAGCUGUCGUUAUCAAGAUCCUCACACACAUCUUCCGUGCGAAGUAUAGUCCUCCGUCGACCGCGCAGCAGCAGCAACUGAAUGGAUCGGGUGAACAACCGCCUGCAGCGCAACAGCAGCAGAAGGCUCGCUUGAGUCCCUCCCCGCUCAGUCGCGUGGACGUGCUCACCGUCCGUUACAUUUUCAUCGUGUUUCGAGGCAACAUCAUCCCUGAAACCUGUGCCCUCAUCUAUCUCCAGGGUCAAAUUCGUGCCGGCCUCGCGCUAGCAGAGGAUUUCCCACUGAACUUGUGGGACAUGGAACGGGUGUACGAAGGCGUCUACCAGUUUCUGGAAUUUUUUGCGGUGUUGACGGAGAAUAAUGAUUGGAAGAAGCUGCUGGUGCAGUGGGAGAUUGUGUAUGAUUUGGUGACGCUAAUAAAGGAGCUGGAUCAAAGCAUUGCGAAGGUCGGGUUGACGCAGGCUAUGCCUCCUCCGACAGAUGCGAACGGGAAUACGAAGGCGACAACGAAUGGAAAUGAACCGCAGGGUACGACCGGAGGUGGACCUCCAGGGCAAGCAUCAACGCUUCCUGCUCACGUUGCCGUCGAAAGACCGUAUGAUACUGCCAUCUCGGCCCAGGAACCUGUGCAACAGAAUGGCACCUCAACAAUCGCCGAAUCGCUCCCACAACCACCAACCGAUCUACCUUCAGCGUCACCCCCGGCACAAGCUCCUCCGGCGGCAACGACUGUGACCGAGGAACCCGCAGAUUUCGAAUGGCGGAAUCUCAAGAAACUCAUUGUGCUGGUGUUGUCGAGUCUGGUCUGGAAGUCCCCGACGGUGCAAAAUCAGAUCCGCGAGUAUGGUGGGGUGGAGACGAUCCUGAGUUGUACAACCUACGAUGCGUGCAACCCGUACAUCAAAGAACACGCGGUGAUGUGUCUCAAAUUCCUGUUGGAGAAUAACCCGGAAAACCAAGCGCUUGUUUCGUCGCUCGAGGCAAGGGAAAUUGUGCCCCCACCUGGUGAGGAUGCAGAGAUUGUGAGAGAGACGACAGAGAGGCUGGGACUGGAGGUACGGCUGGGGAGUGAUGGGAGGGCGAGGGUUGUCCGGAGAGAUGGCGCCCAAAGUCUCCCGGCGAAAAGGGACAACCCGAAUACGAACACGAGGAGCGGGAGCACGAGCGGGACUGGGAGGAUUGAGGAAGUCGGACAUGGCUAUGAUGAGAUAGAAGCCUUGGGAUUACCUGUUAAUGGAAGCGAGGCUGCGGCUGAAGCAAAGGAUAAGGACAAGGGCAAGGGUAAAGAGCGUGCGGUGGAUCCGGAUGACCAGGAGAUUGAGUUCAUGUAA